UCACCUUCCUAGUCGCUGCUCGGAGCUUAUAUCUACGAUAGCCGCCCGUCAUCGCCAUCCUGCUGACAUACUGUUUCCAUCACGACUGUUUGCCCAAAGGCAAGGCUGUUGCAUCUGCAGAACCGCGCGUAAGACAAAUUCUGCACCGUUGUCGGCGUGUCGAGCUCGCUUCUGUUAGCGACGACCGGACCACUUUCGCCCUUCAUCGGCUCGCCAAAGACCAAGGGCACUGCUGCAGCUGUCCAACGUGUCGCAAGACCUCAACGCUCGAUGGCGAUGUCGCCGAGCACGCAGGAUUCGAGCUCUGGAAGAGAGCUUAUGAAUGCUCUGUCUGCGCUUCAUCUCAAUGGCAAAUUCUCAGACUUGACCAUCACAUGCAACUACAAACAGUGGGCCGUGCACAAGGCUAUCGUUUGUUCUCGCAGUGGCUUCUUUGACGGCGCAUGUUCACAUCAAUUCCGCGAAGCCAACACUGGGGUCAUCGAUUUGAGCGAAGAUGAUGAAGAUGCAGUCGGGCAAAUGAUCCAUUAUUUGUAUCAUCUUGACUACUUGAACGAAGAGCCACAGCAGCGACCUGCCGAAAUGUUUCGCCACCGAGCAUACACCCAUCGCAAAGCAACGCCGAGCAAGAUUGAUUUCUCUCAAAUCGAAGACCCUCUGCUUGCUCAAGCGGGCUUCUACGACAAACAAGAUUCACCUUCACGCUCGCGAACGAAUAGCAUUUCUGCAAAACAGCCGCCGACGACUGCGCAUCGACCUGACACUCCACAACAAGGCAACCAGCACGACGAUCAAGUAGGAUAUGCAGAAGAUUACGACGACACCGAGUCCGAAUCGCAUCUGGUGCUGCAUACACAAGUGUACGCGUUGGGCGAGAAAUACGACAUUCCGUCACUGAAACAGCUUGCAAAGCAAAAGUUCGAAAUGGCAGCAGCGUGCUACUACGAUGCUCCCGAGCUUGCGGAGGCGAUCGAAUUGGUCUAUCAGUCAACAGUAGACACCGACAGAGGCCUACGAGACAUUGUCCUGCAACUCUUCCGAAGACAUCCUCAACUAGCAAACACACAAGACAUCUAUGCUGUGAUAAAAGAGACGCCCGGCUUGGCACUUGACCUCUGGAAAGUCGAACGUGGCCUGCUGUGACGCGAGCCAAGCGGUCGGUAACAGUGAGAAGUGAACGGAGUCUGCUUCAUUGGAUCCCAGGAGCAUCACGAGGCACGAGCAACAGGAUCGCGUACAGCAUUGCGUGGCGAUGCAUGUCAGAUCAAUGCGAAUGACCUGUCACAUUCGGCUCCCACGCCGAUUUGGACCCGCAAAGACGCCUUACCGAGAUGCCUCGAGCAUGGAAGCGACACGGCAGGCCACGGCAGCUAGCCGAUGCGAACUACGGCGGCCUGCACAACAAGCGACGGUGGCUCGUAGCCUGCUGCAGUACACCCACAGGUUGCUACGGGCGACUGACUUCAAACAGCGUGACCACCGCCCGCUUGGCUCUGGACAUGAGUGAAGCGGUCACGAGACGGAAUCCCUUUACGGAGUGCGGAGCCCUCAAACAGGACUGCUGGAGGCAAGAGGCAACUCAUUCUAGCUUCAACUCGUCCUGUUCGAAGCACUCGUUGCCUCAAACAUCCCACGUCCACCUCAGCUGGACCUUCAUGAUCAGCCGAGAUGAGAGCCGCCUCCUCGAAGCUCUUAUGAAAUUGCGAAACUACAAGUCUUCACCGGCGCCGUUACUCCCAUGUACCAACGCGCAACAAUUACGCACCCGAAAGUGGAAGUCUUGCGAUGUAUAACAAAUAUUGCUCGGGACAUCGUGCGUCGAGACUUCGGCUCGGAUGUUACCAGUCAAGCAAGAUGCUGCAUGAUCUACACAUGCGUACACGCGAUGGCAGCGUUUCAAGUCACGCAUGCAAGAAGAGCCUCCCCAUGUUUGCGAUCCUUCUCGCGUGGCCGAUUACCGAGGCCAUUGCAUAAAACGUGGGAUGUCCAUCCCAUGAUGGCUGACUCCGACAUCAUGUCUUCGCAUCAUAUUGCGGAUAGAGGCAUGGAAAGAUCAUGCGGCUGCCGCAUGCUUCGAAUCGAGGCAGAUGCUUGCAGCGGGAGCCCGUGGGUCUGGAACCUAUAACAAAAAGCGAUCGUCUACAGAAACAACGGACAUGAACACCAAAGCAUCACUUUCCAUCAUGCAUCGAUGUUGAUCAGAUAAACACGCCAAAUUCUCGCCUUCGCAUUGAACCCGAGCCCCACUCACUCACGCCUACCUUCUCGUUUCAGCU